AUGUGCUGCGCCCCGACGCCUUGGCCCACCGCGCUCCCAGCAGUGCUGCUCGGUUUGCGCUCCACCUUCAAGGAGGAUCUACAGGCCUCGCCAGCAGAGAUGUGUUCGGGACGACGCUGCGACUGCCAGCGACUUCUUCGUCCCGUCAUCGCAUCCAGGAGUCACGCUCCUGCCUUCGUCGUCGAGCUCAGGACUCUAAUGCAGAAGCUGCGCGCGGUUCCCGGCUCCAGGCACGCCGCACCGCAAGCGCCCUUCUUCCACCCAGACCUACGUACCUGCAAGUAUGUUUUCAGGCGAGUCGAGACCGUAAGGAGGACUCUCGAGCCCCCGUACUCUGGCCCUUACAAGGUACUGGAGCGCCUCAACGACAGGGUCUACCGCAUCGAGAUUAACGGCCAGUCCAAGGCCAUCACCACGGCUUCGCUGAAGCCGGCCUUCACCGAGUCGGCGGAUCGAGAGGACUCUCCGCUGCCCGCUCCACUACCGCCGCUGGCGGAUCGAGUCCGCUCUCCGCCGGCCUCACCGAGCGCCGCUUCCCCGAAGCCAACGGACCGAGAGGACUCUCCGUUGGCCUCUCCUAGUCAGGCUGCACCUGCGUCGGCGGAUCGAGGGCCCUCUCCGCCGGCCUCUCCGCAGCCAGCUUCGCCGAGCGCGCGGCCUGUACAGGCGCCAGCCCCGGCAGCUCCCAACUCACAGCCAGCGCCCCAGCCUGCCUCGACGCAGGCCUCGACGGAGCCAGCACAGCUGGCAGCGCCCGCUCCGGAGGCCCAGUCUCCACACCAGCACGCCUCGCAGCCGCUCCAGGCGCAGGCCUCUCCAACACCACCGGGCCUGCCACCUUCGUCAGCACGAGCGAGCCGAGACAACUCCCUCAACAGGCAACCUACCCGAGUCUCGUUCCUCCUCAAGCCGCUCGUCACUGGCGGGGAGUAG